CAGGCAGAUGUAUCAUCAGGAAUGGCUGACUUGAAAAUCAAAAGAAUUUGAGAACACAGGCAUAAGAGGCAAAGGUUUUGCUAGAGCUUUAGCUUCUUCUCCUCUCCGCAGAAGAUGUGGAGAGCCAAUUCCCUGAUGACCACUGUUCGGACGCUUCGAUGCCUUCAGCAAUCGACCUCCAUUUCCUCCGACAGACACCUCUUUUCUCCUCUCUUCGCCGCCACCUCCCUCCGCCACUACCGAGCUUCCCGGGAUCCCAGCUAUGGCUAUGAGUAUGAAAUAAUGCCUCCCGUGAAUUGGGGCAUCCAUAAUGUGCCUCAGCAGAGGGCUUAUGUUGUAGAGAGGUUCGGAAAGUAUUUGAAGACGCUGGAAUCAGGACUACAUUUCCUCAUCCCAUUAGUGGAUCGAGUUGCCUACGUCCACACCCUCAAAGAAGAGACCAUUCAAAUUUCUGACCAGUCUGCUAUCACCAAGGACAAUGUCACCAUUGUCAUCGGCGGCACUCUUUUUCUAACGAUUGUGGAUCCCGUGCUUGCAUCUUAUGGUAUAGAGAACCCUAUCUUUGCUGUUCGUCAGCUUGCUCUGUCUAAGAUGCGUAGUGAGGUUGGUAAAAUUCUCCUCGAUAAUAUUUUUGAAGCAAGAGAGAGUCUCAAUCAGAAGAUUGUGGAGAACAUCAAUGGAGAUGCAAAGGACUGGGGCAUCAGGUGCCGUUGUUAUGAGAUAACGGAUAUAACCAUACCUCCUAAUAUGAAGAAAGCCAUGGAUUUGCAAGCAGAAGCAGAACGCAAAGCAAGAGCUUUAAUUAUUCAAACUAAAAGUGAGGCAGAUUCUAUCAUUUUGAGAGGACAAGCUGAAAGCAAACGAAUUGCCUUGCUGUCACAGGCCCUAAAGGAAAAUGGGGGAGACAAGUCAGCUAGUUUGAUGGUUGCUGAGCAAUAUAUGGAAGCCUUUGGUAAAAUUGCUAAGGAGGGCACAACAAUGCUGCUUCCUAGUACCCCAGAUGGUACUGCCAACAUUAUAGCUCAAUCUAUGGCAAUGUACAACUGCCUUGUUAACAAUGUCUCUAGUAAUGGUUCUCAUGAACCCUCGUCUGAGUCAUUAGCUGGAAGAACAGAGGAUGAUCCCUCCUGGGAUGACACUGUAAACACCACAGCUGCCACAACUGAUACAAGUCAUCCUAGUCAAUUGGGAUUUUCACUUCAGAAGUCUGACAAAAACAACUAGGAUGGACCCAUUUUGAGAGAAGUGGUGUAUGCUUCUGGUUUUGAUACUGCCCUCUUUCUAAUUCAGUUUUUUUGUUGUUUUUAGAUAAAGGAAAGCGGAAUGUUUCUGGACACUCAAAUCACUGAUAGUGGCAUUCUUACUCAUUUAGCUGCCUUUUUGUGGCAAAUAAGGAUUUGAUAAAUACAUAAAAAUCUG